AUGAGAGUGUGUUGUUGUUCCUCACUUGAAACAUGUCAGCGAUCGCUUAUGCGGGCUGUGAAUGCAUCCCCUGUUGUCUUACUCAUCCUGAUCUUCGGAUGGUGUUACUGGGCUUAUAUAUUUCGGUUGUGCUGGAGCUUGAUUGCUGAUAGGCGCAUUGCUCAAGGUAUUCUCUAUAUUAUCUUCUUUCAGCCUAUCUAUAUACUAUGUAUUUGGAGUUUCUGGAAGAUUACCCGAACCUCUCCCGGAUAUUCUAACGAUAAUAGCAAACGAUAUGAUGAUAGGGAUGAGGAGAGUCCAGAGGAUAUUUAUGAUGCAAAUGAAGAUAUGCAACUGUUGAAUCAUCAGAUGGAUGAUGAAGAGGGAGAAAGAGAUAAAGCAGGGGAACCUUCGGUGGCAAUUCUUAAUGUGGAAGCCUCAGAAUCAACUACCAGUCUAAACCGUACAUUGACUUCCAAACGAACUCCAGUAUACAGAACGACUGGUAUACCUAUAACUUAUAAGACUCCAACUACUAUAAAAAAAGGCGAUAGGCAUGCUGACCAUUCGGUAAUAUUAUUAGAUGUGUCCUUAAAAUGGAUCAUCACUGUCCUUGGGUUUCGAAACUAUAAAUUCUUUUACAAUUUCUUGGUCUACGCAUCUCUUCUAUGUAUCUUUAUCUUUAGCACGACCCUUCCACCGACCAUCCGAAUACUCAAUCAACCUUUGAGUAUAUUUGGGCUUGAUUUCAAUUGGAUCCUUUUAUUAUUUGUGUCUGUAAUUUUUGGAAUCUUCCUUAUUCCAUUCACUCUCUUCCACACACGCCAACUCUUCAAGAACAGAACAACAAUCGAAUUCUAUGAAAAAGCAAAUUUCAGACUCGGGCGAAACAGAGGUCGACAUGAUGUGAUGCGUAGCAGAUAUUUUAACCCUUGGGAUCUUGGAACCAGAGGAAACAUUGAGCAAGUAUUAGGGUCUAACUGGAUGGCAUUCCUUUUGCCUAUUGGACAACCGAAAGGAAAUGGACAUCAAUUCCCAAUUAACAAAUACGCAUACGAUACAUUGGAUACUGAGGGAGAUGAUGAUUUCUAG